AUGCAAAAUUAUAUAAAUAAUUAUAAUUACCAAUAUUAAGUACUAGAAGAAAAUUUAUCAGAGAAUUUACUUUAUAAACUGAACGAUAUUGAGCAUUAGACUCCAAAUGAAAUAGAUUCAAAUGCUACACUUUUUCAAUAUUAAAAUGAUAUUUUUGGAAUUGAAUAUUCACAAAAAAAAUUUAAUAUAUGUAAGUAUGAGUUUGAGGAAAACUAUAAUAAAUGUGAAAUAGGGGAAAUAAGUUUAUAAUGCAACAAAAAAUAUAUUCAAUAGAACUAAUUCGAACAAAAGGAUUUUAAGUUCAAAUUUAAAAAUCAAACUUUAGUUAUAGGAAUAAUGGAAAAUAAAAUAAUAUAUGACAUAUUCUUUGGCAAAUUUACAUUUCCUGAAAUUAAUUUACAUAAGAUUACAGAAGCUUAAGAUUCAAGUAAAAUUUCUUUUGCUAAUAACCUAACAAGCGUUGAAUAUUAACAAAUUGAAGUGCAUCCAACAAUUCCAAAUAUGAUAAUUACAUUAUCAGUUGAAACUGGUGUAUAAUAUUUUUCUAUUUAUUGCUUACAAAUUUAUUCUGAAACGAGCUAAAUUAUAAAACUUUUCACUCAGAAAUCUCAAAAUAUGCUUCUUUGUGAAAUAAUCAAUUUUUAUAUUGAUUAUUUUAACCAUGAAGUUAUAUAUUUUACAAAUAUAUUUGCCCAUCUCUUUUAAAUAAAUUUUUCAGAAUUAAUAAAAUCAAUAUCUAAGGUGGAUACUACAAAUACAAAUUAAUAAUAUUUAUAUAAAAAACUUCACAUUUUCCAUUUUAAAUCUUAAUCAUUUUAAGUUUACACCUAACCAAUAAAUGAAAAAUAGAUUGGAAAUUGCAUUUAUUUUUAAAAAUUACCAAAAAACGACAAUUAUUUUUUAUUUUUUUUUUAAACAAACGAAGUAAUAGAAUUAGUUUUAAUAAAAUUAAAUUAAAGCAAGAGCAUUAUUUUAUUGAGUAAAGAAAUAACAGCAAUAUAGGAAUAAAAAGAUAAAUUAUAAAAAUUAAUAGAAUAAUCUUAAAAAGCCGAUUUAGAAGAAUUAAAUGAAAAAAAUAUUCUAAAGAAGCAAAGAGAAUAGAUUUUUCCAAUAUAAAAAUAUCUACAGAAUUAAAACGAGAUUGAUUAUUUAUACUUUUAUUGUAAGUAAAUUUUAAUUUAAAUUCAAAUUAACUAAGAGAUUAAUGUAAGGACAUUAUCUUUUGAUAGUGGUGAUAACAUGGAUCUCACUUAAGACACAGAGUUUUUAUCUAUUGAUUAAGCUAUACCUUUAGAUUUUUGUUACUAUCAUUUUCUCAUACUGAAAAUCAAUAGUGAAGAUUAUAGUACAACAAAUAAAUCAUAUCAAUAUAUCUUAUUUAAAUAUGACACAUUAGAAAUGCCUAUGCUAAAUGAAAGGACUAUGGAAAAUAGAUAUGAAUAUGAAACAUAUAAAGAAAAUAAAAGCAAAAUUAAAUAUUUGAGAGAAAUGAUAUAAAAAUGUACAAAUAUUAUUAUUUUAUUAAUAUAGAUAAAGAAAAUAUUUAAGAGAUAAAUAGUUUAGAAAAUUUGAAUAACUUAGAAGAAGAAAUAUACUUAGAUAUUACUUAAAAUUUAAAUCCGAUUGUAGAAUCAAUAGGUACAAAAAAGGAUAUAAAUAAAAAAAAAGAUGAAAAUGAUGUAAUCUUUCAAAUAUAUCAAUAUAAUAAUGAAAUUAUGAAAAUUUUAAAUGAUUUCGAUUAUUAGUCAAAUAUGAGAAAAUAUGAGCUAAGUUAACUUAAAAUAAGUUUGUUGUUUGAUUAAUAUUAGAUUCAACAAAAUUAAUAAGAAAAAAUAAAAUAAUAAUUAUAAUAGAGAAAAAUAAAUGAUGAAAAAAAUUUGAAGUAGUAAAUAAUUAACAAAAUAUUGUCAAUAGAUUAUUAAUAGUUUUAAGAUCGUAUUAAUUGA